AGGACUUCUAUAUAGUGCUAUAUAAUUCUAAUCCGGGAAUGAUUGUUAUGUUUAUUGUAUCUAGGGUAGUGCAUUACACCAGUUUUCAACCUAUGCAGCAAAAAAAUUAAAUAUUUAUACGAAUUACUGUGGUAUUGUAGAAAUAAACUGUGGUCGACUAUACCAGGUAGCAUUUGUCAAUAGUUAUUAAUUUCUGGCGCAAGUCAUCUGUGGUACAUACCGCACGAGGAACACAAAGCGGAGCAAUCGAAAUAUUACUGCUUCAUGUCAGAGAAUGGCUAAAUCUGGUAUCUGUAUAUAGUCUUGAAAUUCGUAAGGCUUAUAUAUUAAUAAGACGUGUUGAAAUAAAGUGCAUUUAUUUCAGUGAAUGCAAUGACUGCCUUGGACGAUAGCUUGUUGAGCUUAGAGAAGCUUGAUAGGACGUCUCCUGAAUUGUGGCCAGAACAGAUUCCAGGUGUGUCGGAAUUUGUGUCGUUGCAUCCAUCUACUCCUAAUGCUUCACCGCAACCUUGGACCAGAGGCUUGGAUCCAGAUGACAUUAACCUGUUACAUCAAUUUGGUAGCCUUACAGCAUCUGGUCUUAUAGCUGAAGUGAAGAAACUACAUGAUGUUGCUUAUCAGCUAGGUUUAGAAGAGGCUAAAGAGAUGACACGAGGAAAAUAUCUCAACAUACUGACCAGAAGGCGUCGAUAAUUGAGAUUGGAUGCUAUAUUUGAAGUCUUUUAAAUAGGAAAAUUUAUUUGCCUUAAAUAUGUUAAAUUUCACUUUCUAUUUGGAAUAUGAUUUUUUAAGUUGCCUAAGGCACCCAGUUCCUUAGCCUGUAAUUAUAUUAUAAUAAUGGUGUACCACUUCUAAUUAAAAUGUAAUAUUGUUUUUUAUGAUAAAGAACUUAUUGUUGAAUUA